AUGUCCGCAGAAGAUAUUCCUGAGUUUGCUGUCAUGAUACCAAGUUCGCGAAUUUUUGCUAGACCCAAAAAAUUGCAUAUGGCAACAUUGAAUGACUUGUUGGACUCGGCUGAGAAAAGAUUAUUGGGCUGCAGAGACAAAGAGGUUUGCCAGUUGGGUUUCGGUUUUCAGAGACAAAGAGGUUUGCCAGUUGGGUUUCGAUUUUCAGGUAUAUUGGCCGGUAGUUUAGUGUUUCUGUCAACUGUUGAUCUUGACCAAGAAAAUACAGAGGACGAGGGCAUCGAAAGGGGCCAACUUGGCCUAAACGCUGAGUCCUUUAGUUUAGUGUUUCUGUCAACUGUUGAUCUUGACCAAGAAAAUACAGAGGACGAGGGCAUCGAAAGGGGCCAACUUGGCCUAAACGCUGAGUCCUGUAAAUUUCUUGGUAUUUCAGCCGGAGAUGAGGUUAACAUAAAAGUGUUUGUUCCACCGUCAAAGGGACUUGAUUUGUCACACUUGAGGAUUGAGGUGGAUUUACUGGAUGGAAGUUCAACUCAUCAGCCGGUUCUAGCUUCCAACUUGGUGAUAGAAUUUGUGAAAACAUUUAAAAAGCAGAUUUUUACUGAAUUUCAAAGCAUCUUGUUGAGAUAUGGCGGCAAUAUCUAUCACUGCACGGUUGCUGAGGAGAAAAAUUCCCCUGCCCCAAAGCGAGGGAUGCUCCGCAAGACAACAAAAGUGAUUGUGGAGGUUUCUAGUUCUAUGAGCGGACAGGUCAUUGGAGCCGAAAUAAUUAAGAGCAUUUUUCGUGAUGGUUUCGACAUGACUUCUCUGGAACAAGAGCUGAUAUCUCUAAACAUAGGGGGGAUGACCUCACAGAUCCGUGAAAUUGUUCGCCUUGCAUUUGGCUCCCGAAUGGUAUCACCCGCCACUGCAAAGAAGUUGAAUCUAAAGCACAUAAAAGGGAUGCUGCUGUAUGGUCCACCAGGCUCUGGGAAAACAUUGAUUGCUCGAAGUAUUUGCAAGUUACUAAAUGCAAAAGAGCCCCUGAUUGUACGUGGACCAGAAAUCACACAAGAAUUGUAUGGUGCAUCUGAGAGGCAUAUAAGGGCACUAUUUGAUGCUGCUGAGAAAGAUGAAAAACAAUAUGGUUCUAAAAGUGACUUGCAUGUCAUUAUUUUUGAUGAGAUAGAUUCCAUUGGAAAGAAAAGAGGAGCAGCUGCUGGAUCCUUCCAACAUGAUGAUAAGAUUGUGAAUCAAUUGUUAACGAUGAUUGAUGGCACAACAGAACUGAACAACAUCUUUAUUAUUGCGACAACAAACCGAAAGGACCUCCUCGAUGAAGCCCUCCUUAGGUUGAAUCUAAAGCACAUAAAAGGGAUGCUGCUGUAUGGUCCACCAGGCUCUGGGAAAACAUUGAUUGCUCGAAGUAUUUGCAAGUUACUAAAUGCAAAAGAGCCCCUGAUUGUACGUGGACCAGAAAUCACACAAGAAUUGUAUGGUGCAUCUGAGAGGCAUAUAAGGGCACUAUUUGAUGCUGCUGAGAAAGAUGAAAAACAAUAUGGUUCUAAAAGUGACUUGCAUGUCAUUAUUUUUGAUGAGAUAGAUUCCAUUGGAAAGAAAAGAGGAGCAGCUGCUGGAUCCUUCCAACAUGAUGAUAAGAUUGUGAAUCAAUUGUUAACGAUGAUUGAUGGCACAACAGAACUGAACAACAUCUUUAUUAUUGCGACAACAAACCGAAAGGACCUCCUCGAUGAAGCCCUCCUUAGGGAUGGUAGAAUCGAACUCCAUAUCAAGAUAGACUAUCCUGAUGAGCAAGGGCGCAAGCAAAUUUUGGAUGUUUGCACAAGGAAAUGGAAACAAGCUUCUCUCCUUGAUAUAGAUGUUGAUCUACAAGAAAUAGCUCGCAGGACCAUUGGAUAUAGUGGUGCUGCACUUGCAUCCCUUGUGACACGUUCCCAGUCGUAUGCUAAUGGAGAACAUCCGCAGUUGAGCUCCACCGAUAUACUAGAAUUUCUGAAGGUUGCCCACUCUUUAGCCAAAUUCAAGAAGAAAAUCGAGGCACAUCCACUUGCAGACCUUGCUUCUUUUGACGAGGAUAAGGCCAAGCUCAGUUGUUGA